AUGUCAACUUCCGGUAGCAGCAAUUAUGAUUAUAGAUAUUCCUCCAUCUCUUCUGACGAGGAUUCCAAAUCUUUUGUAGCCAAAUCGAAAGAUAAGACAACCCACGAUGAGGGAGCGAAUCCUAGCAUACCCCUGAAUGAUCGGAGGGUCACUUAUGCUGAACUUAUGAAGAAGAAGGUUGAGGAUGAUGAGGCAAAGGAUCGUCAGCGCAGAAAUGAUCGAAUCCGGCGCAAAAUACUAGCGGCUGAGGAGAGACGUCGAUUUGUCGAUGGGGUACCCUCUGACUCUGAUGCUGACGCUUCCGAAGAGGAAACUACUUGGGUGUUAACAAAGUGCAAUAUCAAGCCUGACCGGUAUGCCAGAGAGUUCCGAAAAACUAUGAAGCAAAUUGAAGCUGAAGCAGAAGAAGACUCGGACUCAUAUGAUCCUUAUACCCAUCCAGACUUCAUCAAUGGUUCUGACGGUGAUUCCGACAAAGAGGAGGAUUCUGAGAAGGACAGUGAUGACGAAUCUGAUAACUCGGACGAAUCUGACGAGUAG